UUUUAGUCGAUGCCUGUCAGCUCGCAGGAAUGCGCUACUCACACUGUGCAGCCCCCCACUAGAUCCCACUCACGCAGCCGCAGCGCGUCUACCACUUUUUUCUCUGUCUUAAUCGACAGACAGCGUUUCAGCUCAGUAGCGAAUCUGCUUGCUGCCCCUCAAAAUGUCAGCCACAUCAGAUAGAAACACCUUUUUCUACACGACCCUGGCCCCACUGGACUCGAGUAUGACCGUGGCAUCAAAUGUUACAACGUGUCAAGAGUGGGAGAAAGCCCAUCACCUGCUCUUCCACCUCGGCAACCUGAGUUUACUAGUGGGCCUUCUUAUUCCUACCACUGUGGGCCUGCACAUGAUCCUCCUGAGGCUUCUACUGAUGACAGGGUGCUGCCUGUUUAUAACCUGGGCAACUCUGUACAGAUGUACCUUGGAUGUAUUGGUAUGGAAUGCAGUCUUCCUCCUCGUCAACUUCAUGCAUUUCUUCUUCUUGGUGUACAAGCGUAGGCCUAUUAAGAUAGACCGUGAGCUGAGGUCAGUGUAUAAGCGGAUGUUCGAGCCACUGCAUGUGCGUGAAGCUCUGUUCCAGAGGCUGACUGGUCAGUUUUGCACCAUCCAGACCCUUAAGAAAGGCCAAGUGUACGCUGCUGAGGAUAAGACCUCAGUGGAUGAGCGCCUCAGCAUUCUCCUGAAGGGAAAAAUGAAGGUGUCAUAUCGCGGCCAUUUCCUUCACAAUAUUUACACCAAUGCCUUCAUCGACUCCCCGGAGUUCAGGUCAACACAGAUGAACAGAGGAGAAAAGUUCCAGGUGACAAUCACAGCUGAGGAGAAUUGCAAGUUUCUGUGCUGGUCUAGAGAGAGGCUGACUUACUUUCUGGAGUCUGACUCAUUUCUGAACGAAGUGUUCCGAUAUCUCAUCGGUAAAGACAUCACCAACAAGCUGUACUCCCUUAACGACCCCACGCUUAGUGACAAGGCUGUAAAGAAGAUGGAGAGGCAGCCGAGUCUGUGCUCCCAGCUGUCCAUGAUGCAGAUGAGGAACAGCAUGGCCAGCACCAGCGACACAGAUGACGUGCUUAAUCAGAUUCUGAGAGGGGGAUCAGGUGGUUCAUCGCUGCAACAAAAAACAAUCAGCAAGGCCUCUACGACUAUGAAGCCGAUUGAAGAAGCAAUGGAAGAUGAUGUUUUUGAAGCUGACUCACCUCCUGCCUCCCAACCCGGCCCCAAAACUCCAGAGGAGGUGUAGCAUUACACCCUUCCUCAAGUGACAUAUUAGUGGACUGUUUGCUCUAAAAUACCACCCCAUCUAUUCUGGAACAUGGAAUAUAAACAGUAUACAGUGCAUCCCUGCAGAUAUUUAGGUCACAAAAUCUGGAUUGUAUCUCCUUAUGGCCGGUUUUCAUUACAGAUAAAUUCAAGGCCUGUGUUGUGCUUUUUAAGAGGAUUGUCUAAAAAUACUCAUACUGUCUAGUCAAAACUAUAUCUGAAAUAAGUAUUUAGAUUAUUUCCACUUGUAUAACCAUGAAAAAUAUCAUCUCUGAUUGCAAGUGUAAAAGCAAUAUCUGUGUUUUUAGAGUUUUAUUUUGCCUGUGGGUGGCAGAUCUUUAUUCCUUUAAAGAUGUUUUAUUUGUGUGUGCAUGUCUAUGCUGUUAAUAUUUAGAUACUGCCAUAUUGACACAAUGUAGAUUAAUAUAAUGGCCAUGUAUUCUGUCAUUCACUGUACUGUGCAAUUUCAAAUAGGCUUAUUUAUAUCUGUAUAAUUUCACAAGAUGACUUUUUUAUGGACAUGGUCAUAGAUCAUGACAACUGUGCUGUAAUUGUAGUAAUGCAUUAAUGGUUGGUGAAGGCUGCACAUAACUAACAUUUUUUUAGAUUAAAUGUCAGGCCCUGUGGCAACAAUCAUAUCACAAUCAGGUUCGUUUUGCCAAUGCAAGUUGCAAACUCUUAUUUCAGUGCCCCCCCAAAGAAAGCCUUAAAAUGCAGUUAUAUUCCGAGUGCAAGAAAAGACCAUACACUAUUGAACAGUUCCUGAGGUUCAUCCGUGUUUGUAAUGAAUUUAAUGACCUUCAAGCAUGUUCAUCCAAACAGAAAUGAAUGGGACUGAGGUAAAAUAACCAUCACAAUCAAGACAAUUAUGACAGUAAACGUACACAUAGAACACUAUAGUCCCAGCAAAACCUUUGAAAAUCUUGUAGUCGUCAUUAGAAAGUGUAAAAAAACAAACCCAAGUAAACCAGUGCUUCGUUCACAUUUAACUGACAUUAAGAAAUUAAAGCUCACAUAGCGAUAACAGAACACCAAAAUGGCUAUUAAAUUCUUUGGUUUUUAAAAAAAUACAAAACAACAACAAAAAAAUAACAGUCAUCAGUUUCUAUCAGUGUUUGGCCUCCGGUUCAUUCAAUUUUUUUUUUUUUUUUCUUGCAAAAGAAUAUUUACAACUCAAAAUAUUUUAGUUUAUACUGAAAAAUGAUCAGUGGUUUAGACUAUUUCUAAUUGCUGCAAGGAGACAACUUCUGCUGUCCAAUACAACAGUCUUUCAGAUCAGAGAGAGAGAAAUGUCUGGCUUGUUUAUCAUCAAAUAUCAAUGUGGUUACAGCUGAUUGAGUCCUACAGCUAUGAAGCGGCUCACAGGAAGACAGGCAAGAGUCAACUUUAGAUUAUGAUAAAAGUGAAAAGAGAAAAACAUCAAAGAUAGAGAGACAAGAACAUGUCUCAACAUUAUUUUGUCCCAUUCAGAAUCACCAAAACAGCUUUUGAAAUGCACCCACUGAAGAGUACAUUAUGUAUAAAUGCCAUUUUCUGAUUUCUGAAUCAGAGGCACUCCUGCAGUGGCUAAGUUCUUGUUUUGACAGAGCCUGACUGGCUUUAGGAUAAACACUGUAAACAUCUGAUAUUCAGUCUGCAUUCAUAUAUCAGGAUAUGUGCAUAGCUAGUUGUAGCUACGUCAUAUUGCAAAUUAAGUUACAGGCAUGUCACAGUAAGUCUUUAAUGUCUGUUACUAUGCUCUUCUAAAACAUAAUUUGUCAAAGGCAAUGAUCCCUCUUUUGAGCAGUAAUCUGACAUCAUGACCGAGUUAAACAAAUCAAGUGAGGUAGGAUUUACUGUAAACUGACCAAAAAAAAAAAAAAAAAAUUCAGCAUGACCACAUCACCACCACAGUACUCAGAAGAACGUCCUCCAUGUCCACUAGGAGGCACUGAACUUUUCAAACUGCAGAUCCAGUACUAGAGUGUUUUUUUCAGUCCUAGAAAUAUUGCCUAAACUCAGAACUCCAACAUAAUUGUAUAACACCUAUACAGAUAUGUAUAUAGAUAAACACUAUAAAAUAAGCCUGUUUAGGAAUAAACUCUGUCUAACAGCAAAUUAAAGGAUAACAUUUUUAGUUUUUGGUAAAUACAUCCCUGAGAGAAAUUGUUCUCACUAAGAAUCUUUUGUUCAAUCAUGUGUACAUGGCUUAAUAACAGUCAGGGAUUCAGCUUGGCUUACGUUUGAUUAUGGAGCCACAGGGAAUAUACAAAUGCAUAAACAUACACACAUACAACGUACAAUUCAAUAGCUGCAUGUAGGAAAAAAUAACAAAGAAAGAAAAGUUUUUAAAAGAUUUUAACAAUAUAACCACACCUUUUAAGAGAGUACAUGUAAGACUUAGAUGUUUAAAUGUAGGUAAGAUCUUUAUAAAUAAAUUGUAUGAAUGAAUUAAGUGCCAUAACUGCUCUAAAGUGGGGCUGCCUAAAGUGGGGCUGGCAAGCCAAAGUUGGGCCGUGAAGAAGUUUGAUUUGGCCAGAAAUUUACAUUUACAUUUAGCAGAUGCUUUUAUCCAAAGCGACUUACAAAUAAUGUGGUACAUAGAACAAACAUAGUCAGGCCUUAAAGGAGGCCAAAGGGUGAGCUUUCCUGCUCACCUAACUUAUCAAAUUCUUUUUUUCCUUUUAAAAUUGUAUUUUUGCAACAAAAGUACCUUAUUGCAAAAAGUAUACAGUAGUUAAGCAACAAAGUACUGUUUAAUGUUAUAAAAUAUAUUUUUAAAAACCCUAUUUGAACCCAGCUAUCUUUGUUUUUCUUUUUUGCCCUCAGUCUGCCACAAACAUUGUACUCUGGCCCCCCAAGCCAAAAAGGGGCACCCCUGGGCUAGAGCAAAUACAACAAACAAAAAUACAUCAGCAUGAGACAAAUAUUGUUUUUGAACACUGUAGGGAUUUAAAAAAAAAUCAUGUGCACUCAAAUAUGUUCCCAGGAAAAAACAAAUGACCUAGAGACUGGAAAUAAAAAGGUACACCAUCACAUUAUGUAGUCUUACAUGUACCCCCACCCCCCUUUAAUCAAACAGCUAACUGAAUAAUCAAUGCUUUUUAAAAAAAAAAAAAAAACUGUUGUCAUUUAUACAUUUGCUCACACUCACAUUUAUCAUAUUUAAGCCUAAGAAUUGAUCACAGCUUUAGUCACUCAUGAAAAUCACAUUACUUCUUCCUGUCUACUCAAAUUGGUCAGUUAAAUAUCGUUCAGAUCCCUCAGCUGUCUAAAAUGUUUGAUUUAGCAUAACUAAUAAACAAUUUACUUGA